AUGGGAGGAGUCGAUAUGAGCCGCGACUACUACGCGGACCUGGAGCUCCCAGCGGACGCUGAUACCAACGAAAUCAAGAAGCAGUUCCGCAAGCUUGCACUCAAGUACCACCCCGAUCGCAAUCCGGGCCGAGAGGCCGAAGUCAAUUCCAGAUUCCAGAUCAUCCAAUCGGCCCACGAGGUCCUUACGGACCCCCAGCAGAGGGCCAAGUACGAUGCUGGACGGACGCGAUCAAGAUACCCAACGGCCUCUGGAGUACGAGGUAACCCCUGGCAGAACGCCGGCGCAAACUUCCCGCCCCCUCCUCGUCGCAAUGCAACGGCUCGUAACCCUCCUCCGCCUCCCCCAGCUUCGGGAGCGAGCAGAUAUCGCAAUUUUGCCUCAGGCGCUGCCCCUACGGCCAAAGCACAGCAGGCGAGAGACGACCCGGAAGCGAAGCGGAAUGCGUGGCACGCGUUUGAGAACAUGAAGGGUGGCCGCGGCAGCCAGUCCCAGUCCCAGUCUCAGUCCCAGUCCCAACCAAAGACCAAACCCGAGCCUCCAAAACGACCAGUACCACGGACUCCAUCCCAGAAACAGAGAGCCGAUGCUUCGUUUGGACGCAAGGGUGGCUACACUCCACACUCACCAGUUCCCCGAGACGAGCCCCCUGUGAACACCUCCAACUACUCUACCUCUUCUCGGCACACUAACAUCUUCGCGGACAAUGUUCGCAGACAACAAGAGGCAGGCGUACCGGACCCUCUUGCCCAAUUCCGUGAAGCGUAUUCGGAAACUCGCCAGAGCACCCCGUACACAGCCAAUGGCGGAGAGAAGACCAACCCGUUUGAUGGAAUCCCCAUCGGACGGGCCAAGAGCACUCGUGAAAGCCCCCGGCCACCCGAGGAAGGGUAUGGCCCCAAUCUUUCUCCCGGCAGCGCUCGAACACGCGCGCAGAGUGUCCCUCGCCAGGCAAGAACUGAGCCCUCGAGCCCGAGAACGUCGACAUCGACGCCGCAAGGUGAUCGUCCAAAUUCAUCGAACGCCACCGCGUCCCACUCGCCUAAAGACCCGUUUCGAUCCCGCGCAAGCGCUCGAUACACGCCGCCGAACACUUCUGCCGGCCCUUCCGCUGAAAACAGCCAGCCAAACCCCACAACUUCACAAAAUUACAAUGGAACUAGCAACACUCAGGCGACAGGAACGCCCAAAGGGUCCUCCAUGUACGACUCCUCUUAUCCCUCAGCUCCUUUUUCUUCUUUGGCAUUUUCUCAGUCCAAUUUUGCUUCUGCGCACGGCAACCAUGGAACGUCCACAACUCGGCAAUCACGAGCUUCACAGCGUCAUGUAGCGGAGCACUCAAGCGACGGCAUGGUGUUCGAGUCACCGUCUCCUAGUGGGGACAGCUCGAGAAGUCACUCUCUGACGCCGUUUGAGCUGAAGCAGGGCGAACUUCUGAGCAGGCUUGUCAAAAGGCAGGCCCCGGACCUGACGCCGCUCGGUCGUGACAAGCGCCAUACCACUACCUCUGAGCAUGACGUUUCUGUGGAUCAAGCUGACGAGAGAGCCGAUAGCUUCAACUUCCCGAUCGACGACGACACUUUCACACGCACCGCGCCGCAGCAAUCAGCUUUCAGCCGGAGAAGCACAGAUGAUAUUAACACUAGCUUUGUCAAUGGAGAUGGCUCAGAGGCUUACAAAUUCAGUGCUGGCAGCCCCAUCCAAGAUCAAGCUGCCAAGGUUCGUUCGCAGUCUGGAAGUCGCGUAGGCCGUCGAUCGCCGAUCAAGCGUCCAAGCCUGAGACACCAUAAAGACACUUCUGGCCUGCCGGCAGGUUCUCCUUCUGCUGAUGGAAAAUUUGACGCACAGGACUGGACACAGCAGAUUGGGGCACAGAACUUCGUGCCGGCACAAUCAGUGUCGACAUCCCCAACUCGCAUUUCCCGAGUGAACUCCCGGAAGGUCAAGAUCAGGCCAACGGCGGGAGGCAACGCGGGUUUGGUGAAUGACGAGUAUGACAGCGACGAGGAGACCGAGUGGCGUGGACGCAAGUCGACAGCCGAGCCUGUCGGAGCGAAGAGCCCGAAUGCGAUGGACAUUGACCCCCCGCAGACCGGGGCCGCUCCGCGGAGAGACCAAUCAAACGGCGUAAGGAAUAUUCCUGUCGAGCCAUCUCGCCCGGAAUGGAGGCCUGGCAAUGUGAAUGGGAUGCAAGAGACCGGCCCCACGCUCCCUGCGCGAAAGCCAGACUUCAAUCCUAAUGCUGCUGGUUCCGAGGACAGCGAGGAAUUCAGGGCCAGCCUUGCCGACCUCAAGAACGUGGCCCCAUUCACACAGAAUUCGGGCUUGGGCUCUCUCGGUGAUCUCAAGAUGAACCUUCCGUUCGACAGCCAGCCCUCAACCCGAGCACCCAUCGAGAAGGAGAAGAAGCCAUCGCUCGAUUUCCCUGUAAUCCCUCAGGCGCCUCGACCUCCGCCGACGUUCGCAGUCAAUCUCAAGCCUACAGGAGGUGCUUGGCAGAAGUACACGCAAGACUUUCAGAACUAUGUUAUGAGAUGGGAGAUCUUCAACGCUCAAGUCAUCGAGCACUUCAACGCUCGCAAAGCGAACAUUGCCGAUCUUCGAGCUCGAAAGAGUUACUCUUUCCUCGUAUCUCGCGGCGACGAUGAAAUCACGGAGUAUCUGGAAUGGAUGGCACAAGACAAGGAGGUUCGAAGAAAGUGGGCCGUUGCGUGCGAGGACCACGAGGCCCGCAUUCGGGAGUUCAUGGUAUACAAGGGCAAGAUGGCGGCGUGA